AUGGCUUCCGCGGACGCGUCUUGCUACACUAUAGUCUUCGAGGACAGCUCAGAGACACCUUCGACCCAAGACCUCCGCACGGCGCUGCAGAAGGGUUCAGAUGAGGUUAAACUCGACACGUUGCGCAAGAUCAUCGUCUCGACAAUAAAUGGAAACCCUCAACCCCAACUGCUUAUGCCAAUUAUUCAAUAUGUAAUGCCCACACGGAACAAGGCGCUGAAGAAGCUCUUGCACUUCUACUGGGAGGUGUGUCCGAAGUACGACGAGAACGGGAAGCUAAAGCAGGAGAUGAUUCUUGUGGUUAACGCCAUUCGGAAUGACCUACAACACCCGAACGAGUACAUCCGGGGCGCGACCCUUCGCUUCCUCCAGAAGAUCUCAAGAGAUGGGGAGCUUCUUGAACCCCUCAUCCCGACCUGCCGCUCCUGCCUGGAGCACCGACACUCGUACGUCCGCAAGAACGCCGUCUUCGCCAUCUACACGAUAUACCGCGAGUUCGAGCACCUCGUCCCGGACGCACCGGAGCUCAUGCAGACGUUUCUCGCCGCUGAGUCGGACGCGACGUGCAAGCGCAACGCGUUCGUGUUCCUCGCGAACUGCGCGAUGCCAAAAGCGGUGGAGUACAUCCUGCAGGUGUUCGACCAGAUCCCGAACAUGGACGAGCUCCUUCAGAUGAGCAUUAUUGAGGUGAUCAGGCUAGACUGCAAGAAGGACAGCAAGCACAGAGCGAAGUACAUCUUGUUGAUAUCUGAGCUUCUGAAUGCGCCUUCGCAUGCUGUAAAGUACGAUGCAGCAACCACCCUAACGUCAUUGACGCAGAAUCCUGCAGCGGUCAAAGCUGCCGCUUCAUGUUAUAUCAACCUCAUCACCAAGGAGUCGGAUAACAACGCGAAACUCAUCGUCCUUGACCGUCUCGACACCCUGCGUUCCAAGCACGGUCAUGUGUUGGACUCGCUCAUCAUGGACGUUCUCCAGAUUUUGUCUAGUCCCGAUCUGGAGGUCCGCCGUAAGGCAAUCAGCAUUGUGCUCAGUAUGAUUUCGAGCAGAAAUGUGGAGGAAGUGGUGCUAUUCUUCAAGAAACAGUUGCAGAAAACACAGGAGCAGGACUUUGAGAAAGCUCCAGAGUACCGGCAACUCCUCAUUCAGUCCAUCCACGUUUGCGCGGUGAAGUUCUCUGAGGUUGCUGCGAGCGUGGUGCAUGCAUUGAUGGAUUUCCUCGGAGACUCCAACAACCCGUCUGCACUCGACGUCGUCGCAUUCGUGCGGGAAGUGGUGGAGAAGUUCCCGCCAUUACGUCGUACCAUCUGCGAAAAACUCAUGCAGACGAUGAGCGAAAUCAAGUCGGGUAAGGUCUACCGCGGUGUGCUGUGGAUCCUCGGGGAGUAUGCCGAACAUAUUUCUGAGAUUCAAGAUAUUUUCCGUGAGCUCCGGAAGGUUCUUGGGGAGAUUCCCAUAUUGGCGUCAGAGCAGCGGCUGCUGGAGGAGUCGGCAGACGAAGACGAGAAGAAGGAGGAGCCGCAGCCGAAAACAGACAGCGGAAAGCCUAGGGUGUUAGCUGAUGGCACAUACGCGACUGAGACAGCGUUCACAAGUAUGUCUAAUGCGAGGCUGGAAGCGGUGAAGGCGGCUGCGAAACCACCCUUGCGAACCUUGAUUCUCGGCGGCGACUUCUUCACGGGAUCUGUGCUAUCAUCGGCAUUGACCAAGCUCGUUCUGCGAUACAGUGAACUCUCGAGCGAUCAGAGAAAGUCCAAUGCUCUCCAAGCAGAAGCUAUGCUCAUCAUGGCCUCUAUCAUCCGCGUUGGGCAAUCCAAGUUCGUGACAGUUCCAAUUGACGAGGACUCGAGCGAGCGGAUCAUGAACUGCAUCCAAACCCUGAGCGAGUUAGAGAAUGAGCCAGCUGUUCACGACAUCUUCCUAAAAAACACAAAGGCCGCCUACUCGAAGAUGGUGUCUGCGCAGGAGAAAAAGGCUGCAGAGAAAAGAGAGCAAGAGAGCGCGAAGGAGAAGAUUGUUCAGGUGGACGAUUUGCUCACUUUCCGCCAGUUCUCCAAGAAGCCUGUGGAGGAGGUCUUUGAUGAUCUCGAAGACGUCGGCCGGGCGACUGGUGCGGGUGAGGUGCCGGAAGACUUUAUCUCUAAUCUAUCCCGCAUAUGCCAGCUUACUGGAUUUUCUGAUCCCAUAUACGCGGAAGCAUAUGUCAAAGUGCAAGGCUUUGAUAUUCUCCUGGAUGUGUUGUUGGUCAAUCAGACGCCGAACACUCUGCAGAAUCUCUGCUUAGACUUUGCCACUCUGGGUGAUUUAAAGCUCGUCGAACGGCCAACAGUAUACACUGUUGCACCUAACAGCUUCCAAAGCAUCAAAGCCACCAUCAAGGUAUCGUCGACAGAGACCGGUGUCAUCUUCGGCAGCAUCUUGUGGGAGGGACCUGGGAUGUCGGAGCAAUGCGUGAUUUUGAACGACAUUCACAUUGACAUCAUGGAUUACAUCAAGCCUGCGUAUUGCACAGAAGCACAAUUCCGCAGCAUGUGGACAGAAUUCGAGUGGGAGAACCGGGUGAACGUCACAACAUCAAUUUCCGAUCCGCGAGAAUACUUGCAGCAUGUCAUGAAAGCGACGAACAUGUCUUGCCUCACACCGGAGGGAGCUGUCUCCGGCGACUGUGAUUUCUUGUCGGCGAAUAUGUAUGCCCGAAGUCUCUUCGGCGAGGAUGCUCUGGCAAAUCUCAGUGUGGAACGAACUGAGGCAGGCAGCAUCACUGGUCACGUCCGGAUACGAAGUAAGACGCAAGGAAUCGCCUUGUCUCUAGGUGAUCGGAUAACCAUGGCUCAAAAGGACAACAAGCCACCUUUGGGAUGGCACACGACGCUGUCCUUACCUUUCUCCUCCCCCGGGUGUGCUAUGUCGGCGAGCUAUACCUCGGAAAAUGACCGGGAGAAAGGAUUCGUCGACGACAAGGAAGAUGUUGUUAUCCCCGUCAAGGAGGACGAUCCCGGUGUCGUCUUGGUGAAACGAUAUGGCCGGCUUGGACCCAUCCUCGAGCGCAUGUUCGCCAGCGGUGUCGAGGCGAGAGGCGUCGAGCGUGUCCCGGAGGAUCAGAGAGAGAACAAAAACUCAUGGAACAAUCUUCUGAUGUGGUGGUCUGUCAAUUGCGUCUUGACCACCAUCCCCAUCGGCGUCCUUGCCCAAGAAUAUUACAGUCUCACUCUACCUCAUGCCAUCGCCACUAUUUUAUGUUUUGGAGCCCUGGGCGCAUUGGCUACCGCGUUCAUUAGCACUCUCGGGCCAAAAACUGGCUUACGGACUAUGAUUAUAACCCGAUUCAGUUCCGGUUACGUUGGUGGAACACUCUACGCCGUGCUCAAUGUCCUUACACAACUUGGUUUUGCUGUCACAGCAGUCAUUCUGGGUGGGGAGACAUUGGCCUCCAUAAAUCCUGGUACCCUUCCUCUGGUAGUCGGCAUCAUCAUCGUCGGUCUGUGCAGUCUGAUCCCCUGCUUCAUCGGCUACCAGAUGGUUCAUUAUUAUGAACGCUAUGCAUGGAUGGUCAUUUUCCUCGUGAUGCUUUUCUUGUGGGGCCUGGGGGGCCGUGCGGGAUUUAACAUCAAUGCGCAGAAACCAUUUGAAGCUACUGGCAGAGCGCUUUCUGCCGACAUUCUGACUUUUGGCAGCAUUGUCUUCGGAUCAGUUACCGGGUGGGCCCCCGUUGCAGCCGACUACAACUGCAAAUUGCCGGCCGACACCCCUAGUGCUAAAGUGUUUGUGCUCACGUUCUUUGGGCUCUUCAUCCCGAUCGCCUUCGUAGAAAUUCUCGGAGCUUCGUUGAUGACCAUCAGUGAUCCUUCGUAUGCGGACGCUAUUACAUCGGGGGAUACAAGCGCUCUUCUGUCCAAAGUUCUCUCCCCAUGGAAGGGUGGAGGAAAAUUCAUCCUCGUUCUCCUUGCCUUCUCUGUUGUUGCGAACAACAUCCCCAACACCUACUCUGCUGGAUUGUCUAUCCAAUCGCUGGGAAGACCGUUCGCGAUGGUACCCCGGUUCUUCUGGGUGCUGUUCUCAUUUGUUGCGUACACGGUUGCUGGAGUUGCUGGCCGCGAGCACUUCGAUGCUAUCUUGUCCAACUUCUUGAGCAUUUUGAGCUACUGGACCGCUUUCUUGGUUGUCAUUGUCGCGGAAGAGCACUUCAUUUUCAGGCGGAAAAAUGGUCCCCUCGGUGGGUAUAACCUGGACGACUGGGACACUCCCAGCAAGCUCCCAGUGGGCGUUGCUGGAGUUCUUGCUGCUUGCUGCGGUAUCGCGGGUGCCGUUGUUGGAAUGUCUCAGGUUUGGUAUACUGGGCCACUUGGCGUUAAGGCUGGAGCCGAUGGGUAUGGUGCAGAUCUCGGCUUCGAACUUGCGGCCGCGUUCUCGGCAGUGGCCUUUCCGCCUCUCCGGUGGCUAGAGAUUCGUCUGACAGGACGAUAG